AUGUCUCAGCUUAUAAACCUUAAUGAAACAGGAGUACCGUCGAUUGGCUCUCAUAGAGAUGUGGAGACCUCAUCUCAAGAAUCCUCCUCCGCAACGUCCAUCAAAAGCCCAUUAUUGUUCACAAAUCUGUCCGAGCAUACAGAUUGUCUCCGACUGACACCAGUCAAUAUAAAGAAUCUGACAUCUCCUCUGAAACCUCCAAGUGAAGAAUUGACAGUACGUGGUGAGGAAGUUAUAUCAUACACAGCUUACAAGGAAAAUUUCAACCUUAUAUCGAAGAAACUAGAGAAACUUCUUAAUGAAUUGAACAUAAUUUAUAAAGAGAUCGGAUACUCGAAUACAGAGAUAUCGACUAAAGAGAAAGAGAUAUUCAAUAAUUUGUCCGAUUCUAUAACAGGUUUCUUUGAACAAGCUAAUGAAGAACGAGAGAGAAUUUCUUCUGAAAACGAAACAAGCCAAGAAAUUUUGCAAAGAAUCCUUCAUAUCAUCCGGGAUCCAAAGGGGACAAACACAAUUCCUGACCUAUAUACAAGAAAUGUGAUUGUUUCCAAUGAUCCGUCAAAUAGCCCAGGUUGUGGAUCUCCCAAAAAACUUACUUCACUAUUAAGCAAAAGAAAAAUCCUUUCUAAAGCUAAAAUGUACGUCCUACAAACAUACAGUCCCAUGUUGAUGCAAUUUUUAGAAAGUUCCAUUUCACUGAAAUGUAUGAUGACCGCUCUGGGAGAUUUUAGACCAUCUGAACAAAAAUGGAAUGUUGACCAACUUUUAAGCAUAAUACCACCGCUUGAAACAUGCAAGCAGUUUCAGUCGUUCUUUGUAUCUAAUGCUAACAAUUAUGAGAAGAUAAAUGAGUUUAUUAAGGAAAACAGAAAGGUACUUUUGCACACGAUUAACUUCAACGACAUAUCCGAGACUGUGCUUCAUCGUAUUCAGAAGCUGGCUUCUAUUUACGAGCAAGAACAUGAAAAUCGAAUUCAAACUUUAAGUGCCUUAGGCAAAAAGACUUUGGAUCUACUAAAGUAUCUACAAUUUGAAGCCGAAAACGAAGUAGAUAAAACGCUCAUGACGACCUUGCGUUCAUAUGCUACGUUGGACCAAACUAAUAAAAGAGACAUCAACGCUUCCCUGCGUAUAUUAAAAAAACUCGAAAAAGUCUUCAAUGACUUUAAGACUAUUGAGCAACAGCGAGAACUGGAGAAGGAAGACUAUCAUCAAAAGUGUCGGCAGCUGUGGGAGAAAUUGAAAAUACCACAAGCUUACGUCCAAAAAUUUGAGAAUAGAAAUAACUCUCUCUCGCUUGAUGCUCUUAAUAGUUACUCAGAAGAGCUCAAGAGACUUCAAGAAAUGAAGAAAAAGCUAAUCAAGAAUCUAAUCCAGGAUUCUUGGAUCAAGAUCCAAGACCUUUGGUCUGCAAUGCACAUGUCAGAGCGUGACACGUGCCACUUCAAGGAGCUCUUCAAAACAAUUAAUUCCGGAUCCACAACACUUGAGGAUGAUGAAAAGGUUUUGGAAACGUGCGAGGCAGAAAUUUUAGAAUUGGAAAAGAAAUACGCUCUCUACAAGCCAAUAUUAAAGUUAAUUGAAGAAUUUAAGUCUCUUCAAAACGAUAAAUUAGAACUCGAGAGAAGCAGUCGUGAUUCUUCUCGCCUAUUAUCAAGAAACUCUCAUAAAAUUCUUUUACAGGAGGAACGCACAAGAAAGAGAAUAACACGGUACUUUCCUACUGUGAUUCAAGAUUUGGCAGGAAAGUUGAAAGAUUUCGAGAAGGAUUUUGGUUCGCACUUGAUAAUAGAUGGAGUCAAAUUUUUAGAUGUUGUGCAAGAACAGGAGGCUGAAAUUAUCAGUAAAUAUCCUCGAAGUCGAAUUAACUCUUUUAGAGGCCCUGCUAAUCCGAAACCUACAAAAAGUAAGCCUGCAGGUGUUCAAAAAUCUCCUCAUAAGGAUCGAAAAUAUAGGAGACAAAAUCCAAAUUCGAAGAUCAGUAUUCAAGAAACGCCAAUGCGAGUUACUGAAAGUGUCAAUUCUGCAAGUUUGAGACCAUCAGAUUCAUGUAGUUUACCGAGAACUUCGACUGAGAUCAAACCCUUCAACAGAUAUAUGCACGCCACAAGAAUAUCAAGCCCUUCAAAAGACAUAAAGGAGAGCAACCUGUCUCUUGAAAUGACAAAGAGUAGUCCGACUAGGAUACCUAAGCUCAGUGUACUUCCGAAUUUUCGCUCAAACAAUACAUUACCUCCCCAUCCAAGGCAAAGAUUAAGUAGGCCGGCUCUACUCUCUCAAAUAUCACCUAAUAAGUUAAACAAGAUGAAACCAUUCACUGUCUUGUCUGGAAAACAGAGCAGCGCAAUAUUUCCCACAUUCGCAACUGCGUUGCAACAAGACGAAAAGACUUCGCUUGACGGAGCAGAACAGAAUAUUAGCAGCACAGAUAAGGAAAAUUCAAAUUUAAUGAGCCUAAAAUCACCUGCCCGAAUUACAGCAAAGAAGCAUGCGACCCUUCAUUCCCCACCUGAGGAGCCUGAUAACUCUCUGUACCAAAUAACAAAAUCACCUGAAGGCAAGUAUCUUUUGAAUGUACACUCUACUACCCAUGAGGAUCUUGAAGGGGAAAGCGAAGACACAAGCAUGAUGGAUGAUGACAGGUUCAUUUCCUGGAAAAGAGAACGCUUCGCAAAAAUGAACAAAUGUAGCAGUAAUGACCAAGAAAUGCAAUCCAGUAUAAAUUGGGAUACCGAUGUAUUCUGA